AUGGUUACGAAGUUCCGACGUGUGCAGAAGACUGUGGGUACUACUGCUCCCGAGGAGGGUGUCUCUGAAGUUCGCGUGACGUCUAUGGGACGCGUCAAUGCCUUCGUUGAGGAGGCCAUUGAGCGUUUGGUUGGUUCAGAGAAGCACGUUGCCACUAAGCAGAUUAAAGUCAUGGCUCGAGGAACUGCUAUUGCUAAGGCAGUGAUCGUGUCGGAGAUUCUGAGCCGCAGAGUCCCCUCCCUGUCUCAAGAGGUUGAGCUCGGCUCGAGUGAUGUUGAGGACGUCUUCGAGCCUGUUGGGGAGCACGAUGAUGAUGUUGGGAAUGUGACACAAGUUCGCAUCGUGCCGUCUCUAGUUGUUACUUUGAAAGCCAACAAGGAGAUCAAGCAAGAGGAUAUCAAGGAGCAUGAGUUCAUCAAGCGUCCAGCGCUUGCUGAUCCUCCUAGCUAUCGCUCAGGACGCCCCACUGGACGAUCCACGUAUCGCUUCCGUCCGAAGAACAGGAAAGCUCCAGCGGCCGGGAAGGCUACGACACCCGUGAAGGCAGUUGCCGACUCGACUACGGAGGACGACUCGGCAGUGAAGAAGCAGCGUCGUGAUAGGCGCCGUAGGAAGUACAAAGGCAAGAAGGAACAAGAUACCGAAAAGGUUAACAAUGAGGCUCCGCUAGUCGGUGCGUAG